GCAGGCUGUGAGGGAGGGGAAGCCAUUCUACUGGGCCAUCGUUGGGAGUCUUGUCUUGGUGGGCUAUGGCUUCCUGCCCACUGCUCAGCCCACCUCCAACUUCGGCAGGAUCUAUGCAGUGUACGGAGGUUUCUUCAUCGUGCUCAGCUACGCAUGGGGUUGGGUAUUUGACAAGGAACCGCCCGAUGCAGGAGAUUAUGUUGGAGCGGCCAUAGCUCUGACGGGAGUGGUCGUCGCAUUUUUUUACCCACGAUGAGAGUCUCAUCACGAAACAUGACCAACGCAUUGUGACCAGAUUGUUUGGAGAGAAUUGUUUGAUUGAUCCACAAAGUGGCCGUUGUAAAAUUGAAUUUUGAAACCCUGAUAUUACAAAUCUAUUGACAGUUGCAGCGCCACAAUUGGCAAACAUGGGGUGACCGCAUGUUUGAUGUUUUUAACUUGGCAAAUUAUAAAAUUCCGAGCUAGCAUUGGUUGCCUAUUGCCUUGCUGCGCAGUUGCUUUGGCAUUGCCAAUGGCAUUUGUACAUGCCCCAUACUGUACCAUAAUAUUUUUAUCGUGCAUUCAGCUUGAUUUUUCUAUCAGAGGGUCAAAAGCGCCUUCAACAAAAGUGUAAAGAUUGUAUUGCAAUGCC